AUCCAUUGCUGUUCCAUGCUGGAUGUGAUAUUGAAGUCGGGAAGCUGGACAUUCAGCAGUUACAGUGAAGGCUCUCCCUAUAUUGUAGUAGGACAAGAUUUGGAGACCAAGAGCAUUGUAUUUUUAGAAAGAAAAUUACCAUAAUGUCAUUGACGUUGAUAAAACGCCUGCAGCCAUGUACUCUACCAGCCUACAAGUAUCAUUCUUACAGCACUGCUCCCUUAGGAGUGAUGAACCAAGUUCUUGGAGAAGUCAUGGAUGCCAUUCGAUCAGCAGGAACCUACAAACCAGAGCGUGUAAUAACGACAAAGCAAGCAGCACAAAUAAAAGUUAAGGGAUCCAACAGAAACAUUUUGAAUUUCUGUGCCAAUAACUAUUUAGGAUUGUCGAGUAAUCUUGAAGUAGUAGAGGCAGCCAAGGAAUCAUUGGAUCGUUAUGGUAAUGGAUUAAGCUCAGUUCGAUUCAUAUGUGGUACACAGGAUAUUCACAAAGAAUUGGAACAGAAAAUAGCCAAGUUUCAUGGACGAGACGAUGCCAUUCUCUACAUUAGUUGCUUUGAUGCAAAUGCAGGAAUUUUUGAGUCUCUGUUAGGUCCUGAAGAUGCAGUAAUUUCUGAUGAACUUAACCAUGCGUCCAUUAUUGAUGGUAUAAGGUUGUGUAGGGCUGAACGACUCCGCUACUAUCAUAUGAGUAUGCCGGACCUAGAGCAAAAACUACAAGAGACGCAGGGAAGUCGAAUGAGACUGAUUGUAACCGAUGGUGUAUUCAGCAUGGAUGGUGAUGUGGCACCACUGAAAGAAAUAUGUGAUCUUGCAGACAAGUAUAAUUCAUUAGUAUUCAUAGACGAAUGCCAUGCAACCGGUUUCUUAGGUGCUACCGGUCGAGGCACUGAGGAAUUUCUAGGUUUAGAUCGCCGCUGUCACAUUAUUAAUUCCACACUUGGGAAAGCUUUGGGAGGGGCUGCAGGCGGCUACACAACUGGGCCCCAGUCUCUCAUCGAUAUGCUGCGACAAAAAUCUCGUCCAUAUCUCUUCUCCAACUCACUCCCACCUCCAAUUGUAGCCAGUGCUUCCAAGGUCUUUGACUUGAUCACAAAGGAUAACUCCAUCAUUGCAAAAGUCACUUCAAACACUAAAAGAUUCCGGGACAAGAUAACUGCAGCUGGUUUUGAAGUCUGGGGCAAGGAUCAUCCCAUUUGUCCCAUUAUGCUUGGGGAUGCCAGUCUUGCAGGCAAGUUUGCUGAGGAGAUGUUGGAAAGAGAUAUUUAUGUGAUUGGAUUCAGCUUCCCAGUUGUUCCCAAAGGUUUGGCUCGUAUUCGCGUGCAAAUUUCCGCAGCCCACACCGAAGAUGAGAUUGAUCGUGCAGUUGAUGCCUUCAUAGAAGUUGGCAAAAAACUUGGAGUGAUACCAUAAUAAUAAUCCUUCAAAAUUCUAUGAUUUUCAAUUAAAUAUAUUUGUUGUGAUUUUUACAUUAUUACACUUAUGAACAAAUUUGAAAAUGUAAAGGUGUAUUAAUUGCUUUAUACAGUAAACCUGUAAAUUCUCAAAUUUACAGGUGUAUAAUUGCUUUAUUUUGAAUUGCAUUAUUAGAGGGCUUUAAAAAAAUUGCAUUCAACUGUAGCCAGUAGUUAGCAAUAGCAUGUAUAACAGGGUAUAUUAUAUAUUUAUUUUAUGUAUUUUUACUCAUGUUAUAUUUAGUUUUUAUUGUCCUUCUUUUAGAUCUUUAGUCUAUUUUAGUUAUUUAUAUU